AGCUCAGUGUUCCUCCAGCAGUAGUGAAGGAAGGUGAUGUGUGUGCUGUGCUCCCUCUUGUUACGAUGUUGUGGAUAGUGUCGCAAUGACACCAAAAUGAUGUCAUCUAACCAACGAGAGAGCCAGAGGCUCUUCGAAUACUUCGCCAUCAUUGGAUUAAGCCCCGAUGGAGGCCUCGAACCCGACCGUUUGCAAGGGGACGUGGUGGUGGUUCCACCACUGGAGAGGAGCUACAAAGCCCGGGUGCUGGGGCACUACCCGGAUCAUGCCCCCACCUCUUUGCCCUUCGACCACCACGCUGUCCAGAUGCUGUGCCUGCCACGAGGUUUGCAGUUCCGGACUCAGAAGCACUUCUUGGAACCUCGCUUUCAUCCCUUCCUCGUGACCAAGGAAGAUGGCUCUCGAGCUCAUGGCUUUGCUUAUGUCUUCUAUGAAGAAGUUAAUUCUCAGCAGAUUUGUACUGCCAUGCACACACUCCAGUCUGUGUACUUGACGGAGAUGUCCAGUAGUCAUGCCAAGGCUUCAUCUGGAGCAACGCCAAACAGUCGAGACACCCGUUCCCUCCCCCGCCAGUUCCGCCUCUCAGCCCCCAAGUCACCAGCAGCGCUUCACUUCUAUGAUAUAACUAAAGAUCAGCUGUAUGUGACCAAAUGUAUUGCCCUUGUUGGUCAACACCCAUAUGUUUAUGCUGCAAGAAAAUUUCUAAAGGGACUUUACAGGUUCUUCAUUCAGUGUGAGAGUAGUGGUGUGAGUCUAGAGUCUCAUGUUUACAAUUUAUUGUACGAAGUGCCAGCACCACCACCUGGUCGUUGUGUUGUUUUCUCUUGUGUAGGAAAGACACACAUUUGUCACCGUCCCACUAGCCAUGAACUUCCAUUGUUUGAGUAUUCAUUACGAGAAUUCUGCUCUUGUCUUGGAGUGGAGAGUGUUGUCCAGUUGCUCACUUGUGUGUUACUGGAAAAUCAGGUCAUCCUAGUGUCUAGCGAUUACAACAAACUUAUGCUGGUUGCAGAGAGCAUAUGCACACUGGUAUUUCCCUUUGUGUGGCAGCAUGUGUACGUGCCAAUUCUACCCGCCUCUCUCCACCAUUUCCUAGAUGCCCCUGUGCCUUUCAUUAUGGGUCUUCAGUGUUCUCAUGACUCCAGAGACACCAUACAAAUCCCUAAUGAAGCUAAUCUGUGUCUAGUAGAUGUUGAUGAAGGCACAGUAGAAGUUCCAGAAGAUCUUCCAGUGUUUCCACACCGUUCUGACUUCAUUCAGGAAUUAACUCAGCUUCUCAUAAAGUGGGAAGUACCAACUGGUAAAUUAGACAGAAACCUAAAUGAACACCAUAGCCAAUACAAAUACAGGAGGAGACGAAAGUACUCUUGGUCACAUGAUUCUGACUCUGGAGUGUCAAGCACAGAAGGUUCCAUGAGUGGUUCCCAUUCUUCUAUAACUUCCCUCCCACCAUCCACAGCAACCUCCACUUCACCACUACAAGGCCCUCCAAAUUCAACGAGAAGUCAUCAUUUGGACCCAUUCCAUUUUUCUCCACAUCUCAAAGAGAUAACGGCUAUUGCCAAGAAAGCUGGUGUGUAUGACUCAGAAGAAGGCGACAGAAUGAAAAAAGAAAGAGAUAGUGAAAUGAUGGAAGAGCUCAAGUUUAAUAAUGCUGUUCGUGAGGUUUUCUUAAAUAGAUUUGUUCACAUGUUCUGUGCUUAUGAUCAUUUCGUCAUCCAACCUAACUGUCAGGAAACUGACAUGGAACAGUGGUUAAGCUGUCGAGAAUCAGUGCAGAACUUUGACAAGGCAACAUUCCUCUCUGAUCAGCCAGAACUUCAUCUUCCAUUCCUUUCACGAUUUAUUGAGUCACAAAUGUUCACCACAUUGGUAGAUCAUAAAAUCCUCUCCAAUUGGGGCAAGCAGGACUCUAACCUCCGUAUAUUCGAUGUGCGCAUCAGGCUGCUCAGGGAUCGGUAUGAUGAUAGCUUAGUGCGCACACCAUCAUAUGAGACAUGCACAACUAUUAGAGAAACAGAGCAGAUAUUAGAGAAGCGCCUGGCCCAUACAGACUACCGAGCCCCGGCACCACAGCCCAUGGAUCCUCAGGCAGAAUCAUGCACACAGUUCAAUCCUGGACAUUUUCCACUCCUUGACAGAAUAGCACUUAAUAAAGAGCCUCACAAAAGUAAGAAACGCAGCAGUCAUGCUUGGCGAAGACGGGAGAGACAAGAGAGACACCUUGAGCACACUGGACUCUCGGGUGACCAACGUGAUAGAGUGAUGCAUGAAGCUAAGUCCAAGCUACAACCUAAGCUAGCAGAUAUGUCACCUGCCCAUAUGGCCCAAACUAACUGGAAGUUUGUGGAGCAGCUUUUAAAGGAAUGCAAAACUCGCACAAAACGAAUGCUGGUUGAGAAGAUGGGGUCCGAGGCGGUUGAGCUUGGUCAUGGGGAGGGCAGUCUAGUGGGUGUGGAGGAGAACACACUCAUAGCCUCAUUAUGUGACCUCCUUGAGCGUGUUUGGGCCCAUGGUCUUCAGAGUAAACAGGGCAAAUCAGCAUUGUGGUCUCACUUGCUCAACUUCCAGGAGUUAGAGGAGUGUAAUGACUCUUCCAAACCUGUCAACCCUAACUUUCUCUCACCAGUUCCUCAGAGCACCUCACCAAAGAUUAGCAGUUUGUCACCAUUGUCGGAGAUUGUCUUGUCCAUUAAAACGGGUAACAUUAGUGCUCUUGGGUAUCUGGCUUCACAAUUAGCAAAUAAUUUUGACUUAUCAACAAUGGCUCUUGAGACUGAGAGUGCACCUGCCUCACCCACAAAGUCACCAAGCAACACAAAUAGUUUACGAAAAAAAUCUUUGCAAGAACGGUGGCCUAGCGACCGUAGCAUUGAUCGCCGAUCUCGUCCGUCUGAUCCUGGUAUUCCUACCUUGCGUCCACUCCCUAUAUCAAUUACUUUUGACAUGAGAAAUGUGCUGGCAAUGACUGAAAUCAAGACACACAUUGGGUAUGCACGAGCCUGGGUGCGACUCUCGCUAGAAAAGAAGGUCCUCUCGAAACACUUAACUACUCUGUUGGGCGAUUCAGAGCUGCUACGUAGUUUGUACAAGCGCUAUGCCUUCCUUCGUUGUGAUGAUGAAAAGGAGCAGUUCCUAUCUUAUUUGCUCUCCCUGAAUGCUGUAGAUUAUUUCUGUUUCACAAGCACUUACACCUCCACAAUUGUGCCAUAUAGAGUGGUGAUCUUUCCUUCACGUAAACUGAGUGGAGCCAGUACCUCAGCAAAUGCCUGGGUCAGUCUCGGUGGCACCCUUGGUCAGACCUCUAACAUACCCGUACCAAGAAGUCAAGUGGAACUUGUAUUUCAGCACAAAAAUCUAGGCUUACUGACAACAUUACGAAUUGGUCAUGACAACACCGGUAUGUCUCCAAAGUGGAUGGUGGAGCAUGUACUAGUCAGAAAUGAAGUCACUGGACACACCUGGAAGUUUCCCUGUGGACGUUGGCUUGGCCGUGGAAUAGAUGAUGGGUCACUUGAACGGAUUCUUGUUGGUGAAUUGGUUCCGUCCCAUGUUACCUCUGAUGAUUUGGUAGAAUCCUGCCGAACGCCACCUCGAUGCAGGUCCCCAAAUGUUCCUGGUCCAAGACGUUCUGACUUGAGACUUACAGUUCCUGACAUACAGCAGCACCUUGGUGACUCUGUCAAUAGUUUAGUGAAGUAUUUCUACAAGCCAGAGAAGGAACGUGGCAGUCUGACACUUCUUCUGUGUGGAGACUUUGGUCUUGUCUGUUGUCUUGAGCAAGUCUUCUCCUAUGGGUUCAAAUCCACAAGAUUCUUUGGCAAGAACCUCUAUCUCUGGGACUAUUUUGAGAGAGUACAGCAGCAUUUUGAGGUUGUUGUACGUGAAGAAAUGGAACGAGAACAGUUGACUGGUAUUGCAAGAGAUCGUGAUCACGGACUAGGAAGUAUGGCUGAAUUUGUCUCUCUGGUGGCUCGUAUCAAUGCCUCUUCCUCUCACCUGGGCAAAGAUGAUAAAUUCCAGCUCUUUGUAUGUCUUGCAGCCAGAUCCCACCUUUUACCACGCAUAUUGUUACCUCUACAAAGAUCUCCAAUCACAAGUCACAUGUAUGACGAGUCAUCCUUCCUUAGAGAUCCACAGCUUGUGCGGGACCUAAUUAAUGUUUUGUCUGCUCUUAAUGAAUUUGAAAUCAUACUCGAGAGUUCUCUAACUAGGGGAAUCGAUUAGAACUUCAGAUUCUAUUACGAUGUGUAAAGAAAUUUUGUGCCAUUGUAAUAAAGGCUGUCCAGAUUGUGGGGAAAAGGGAGAGGGAAGGGAGGGUCUUACUUGUGUAGGUAAUAUUGUUCACAGCACUGUUAUAGCAAGGGAGUAAUUUUGUAUUAAUAUAUGACAGUGUCAUUCAACUUUUACAUACAAGAGAAAAUGUCUGUAUUUUUUCUUUAUCAGUGAUCCAGGAAAGAGAAGACAAUUCCAUAUACUGAACUAUAUAUAUAUAUAUAUAUAUAUGUAACAGAUGUAGAUGUAAUCUGUUUAAGUGAAGUAAUCCUACGUACGAAAAUAAUUACUCACUCGCUUCACAUAUUGUGUAUCAGUGUUGAAUCUUUUAAUGGUGGAUUAGUAAAAUCAAUUGGAUGAUAGUUAUAUGGACACCUUUUAGAAAUUUAUUUUUUUAUGUGUGUUGCAAGUGGCAGAUUGUACUAUACUGCCAGAUAUUUUGUUUUUGUGUUGGAAGUUUGUGAAGCUGCAGGUACAAAAUACUCAUAUUGCUGCUAUUAAUCUUAUUAGCAUUAUUUCUUUGUAUGCUCAGUCUUUGAGCAAAACCAUUUAAUAUACUCAUCCAAAUAUUUGUGAUACUGUACUUGUGUUUACAGAUUUGUAAGAGUCCUCAUUUUCAGUAUAGUUGCACCUCGUUUAUCCAGAAUCAUUGGGACCAGGAGCUUUCUUUUAUUUUGGACAAGGAGUGACAGUAGCAUAGCUGAGCAUAAUUAUUCAACCCGGUAAUGUUUAACUCCUAAACCGUGGCGUGGCAUACCUGGAAGAUUUUGAGAAAAAAAAAAAUAAUGUAUGGAAUGAAAGAGUGCAUUUUUUAUGAAUUGAAUAACACUAAAAUGAGUGGGAUCUGAUCACUCGUUAACAGUGCCGUAAAUGCACCAGCGGUAUUUGUUUUAAAAUUUUUGAUGCUAAAUUAUGAUAAUUUUUCAGUUUUUAAUUACUUUUAAUGUGUAAUACUAUGUACACUAGUUUGUUAGAUGUGCUUAAAUUAUUAUUAUAAUCAUAACUAGGCACUAAAGUACAGAUGUGCUUAAAGGUAUUUUAACAUUCAAACAUGGGUUAAUGUUAACUGACACUACUACUCUUGGAAUAUACAGUAUAUAUUUGUAAAUAUGUACAAGGAAUACUGUACUUGCAAUAUACAGCCUCCUCACUUAGCGACAUACUCGUUUACCGAUGACUCUGACUUAUGACAGGCUCUGACCAGUAUGCAUACCUAAAUAAUGUAUGUUAAAGCUGAUUUCCUCUAUUCUGUUUAAUACAACAUACAGUACGCUACUGUACAGACAUUUAAAAAUGUUAUGAAUGGUGCAAAAGUGACAUUAAAACAAUAUCAAAAAUAGUCGACACAAACUCGCCACUAUUAUAGUAUGCUCCUUACUUAGCUAUGAAUUCGUUUACCGACGUGGUCUUAGGCCCAAAACUCAGUCAUUAAGUGAGGAGAGGCUGUAUGUACUAUGUACAAGGAAUACUUAAAAUAUUUCAGUCAUUUCAAGAUGUAAUACUCAAAAUAUGGAAAUAAGUUACUACAUUGUUUGAUUUUAUUGGGUUAUCCUAGAUUAAAUCUACAUAGUGUGAUUUUUUUUUUUUUUACUAUUUACUGAAUUAUCAUGAAAUUGUUGCACAGUGUUUACUGGCAGGGAAGCUGGUGGUAGCACAACAGGUCCUGGUUUUUGCUGUUUACAUGUGUUAUUGAGGCAGCAUUCCCCAUGAAGCAGUUGAGCUGAGACCUAAAAUAGCAGCAGGUGGCAUAUUUGAAAGCACAAGAGUGAUGUGUACUAGUAUGUCAUGCACAUUUUGGUUACUUGCAUUCUGUUGUCAUGCACAGCCUCAGGGUUAAUGUCAGAACUGUAAUAGGAUUCAAGAGGUAGCAAGAUCUACCGCUGGAAAUUAAAAAUGUUUAACAUACCAAAAUACUGAAGUUGAAAACCAAGAGCUAAGCUCUGCUACUGAAGCAACAUUGCAGUACUGUAAUUUUGCUGGGAUUUCUACCCACCUUCGCAACCGUUGGUCUUGUCUGCUACAUAAAUUUAUUUCUAUUAAACCAAGUAUAGGUUUCUGGCCAUCUUCUCGUCAUGAGUAUUGAGGCGCCCUGUUCCAGUCUUGAGAAUUGUCAGGUUCCAUAUUCUGUUGGACUGCCGACUUUAUCAACGAGCAUACAGAAUUUACCGCUGAUGUUGUCAGUGCUCUAAUGCCCUUACUUUACUUUAUCUUCCUUUCUUGCCGAUGGACCCUCUUUUAACCAAGACUCUCUCGUUGACUUUUUGACAGCAUUUGAUUUACUGCACAAACUUUGAUGACGAUGCCUCUAGCACUCCUCACAGCCAUUUCUACCUCAAUCUCUUGCUACUCGCUGCACUACAUAACCUAAUAAUAAUCCCUCUCCCUCUUGCUACCCAAUGCCUCUGCACUCUUCCCUGCCCUUCUGUGUUGUAUGACCCUUGUAGGUUUAGUGCUCUUUUUAUUAUAAUAAUGCAGUACUGUAUGACCCAUGUGCAUUUAGCACUUAAUUAUGAUUAUAAUAAUCCUGAAGCAACAAAUAGAUAUUAAUAAAAAAUGGGAAAUUGUAUAGUGUUAACUGCUGUCUCCAGAUGAAUCCUAUUUCAGAUACUGUUACCUUACUUAAUGCCAGUGAAUCUGGGGAAAGCUGUAACCAGCUAUUCAGCAUGGGGAAAUGACAGCAAUUCUCUCUCACCAUCUUCCUCUAUGUCUCUGGGGAGCACUUGGGUUUUUCCUGAAAUAGUAGGUCAUUUCAUCUUCAGUGUUUUACUCCUGUGCAGUUGUGGUGAUUCUCAGGCAUGGUGGCUAUUACUGACUAAAUCUUGACAAAUUGCAUUUGCAUAUUUUCCUUCUUUCAACACACCAGCCAUAUCCCACCGAGGCGGGGAGGCCCAAAAGGAAAAACGAAAGUUUCUCCUUUUACAUUUAGUAAUAUAUACAGGAGAAGGGGUUACUAGCCCCUUGCUCCCGGCAUUUUAGUCGCCUCUUACAACACGCAUGGCUUACGGAGGAAGAAUUCUGUUCCACUUCCCCAUGGAGGUAAGAGGAAAUAAAUAAGAACAAGAACUAGAAAGAAAAUAGAAGAAAACCCAGAGGGGUGUGUAUAUAUAUGCUUGUACAUGUAUGUGUAGUGUGACCUAAGUAGAAGUAGCAAGACGUACCUGAAAUCUUGCAUGUGUACGAGACAAAAAAAAAGACACCAGCAAUCCUACCAUCAUGUAAAACAAUUACAGGCUUUGGUUUUACACUCACUUGGCAGGACGGUAGUACCUCCCUCGGCGGUUGCUGUCUACCAACCUACUACCUAGGAUUUACAUAUUUAUGGAGAAUAUAAUGAACAUUCUUCUAGUCUGGUAAUUGGAGACGAGUUGGCUUUAUUGAAAGUGCUGUUUGAGCUCUGCUAAAUAUGAUGAGAAAUCUGUCAGGCUGAUUAUUUUCCUCAUAGUCACAAGCCAAUCCAUACUCCAAUAUUUUAACAUUAAGAAAGCAAAUGCUGUAGGGUAGAACAAUACAUCCUGCUAGAUGUACGCCACCUGUAUUUUUCUGUUAUUAUGAGUUAUGUGAAUAAGGUUUAUUUUGCAUUAACCUAACAUAAUCAAGAAUAACAAAUAUUAAAUUUCUGUAGCACGAUAAAUCAAGUAGAACUGAACGGCAAUACAGAGAAAAUUGCUUGCUCAAAUUGGAACAUGCGAAAGAGGUAUAAAUUUACAUUCCUGGCUAGACAAUUUUAUAUAAUUAGGGUGAAAUGCUUGGAAAAAUAGCUAAAACACGAGUUUCACUUAUCAGUAAAUGUAUGCACAACAGGUAAAGUGGGCUGCAGGAGUAUGCCACUAUGCUGGAGGAUUUCAAGAAGCAACACAAAGAACUGAUGCCACAUAACUUCAAAUCACAAGAUUUGUUAAAGUAGCAAUGGGUAGAGCCAGUAGCAUAGAUUUACUAGUGUCCCUGGUUAUGUGGUAUUGUAUCCUGGAUGUAUGAGGUGUGACUGUGUAUUGUGUUUGGCAAAAUUACUAAUAUAAAAUUUUGACCAAGCACCCAAUGUUUUAUCUUUAAAUUUUUAAUUUGGGUCUACACUACUGUGUUAAUUUUAAGAAAAGUUAAAUAUUUAAAUUUUCACUUGUAUUUUAUUCCAUGUAUAUAAUUAAUGUUAUUUCUAAAUUUACCUCCAGAUCACAAAAUUGUCUGAAGCACAGAAAGACAGAAACAAGUGGGCCAUAUUGGCCAUAAUUGCAAUGCAGUAUGUAAAUAAUAUGCUAAAGGGUCAAAUGGAAAGAUGAGCUGUGUUAAUUAAUUUUGGAUAAAUUUGCUUGCUCUUUCCUGGAUUGUCAGUGUAUGCCAUACAUAACUGCAUAAAAUGGUGCUUCCUGUGUUUUAGCAUGAAGGAUCAUAAAUAUUUAUUAUUUUGUUAAAUUUAAGGAUAGCAUAUACUAUACAGUAUUGCCAAAUUUGAAAGACUUAUCCACUUGCAUUGCCUCAAUGAUUGGGGUUUCACCAUCAUAGUUGAAAUAGUCUAAGUUCUUGUAUAAGAAGUACGUACUACCGUAUAUCAGUAGAUACUGAUUUAUAUUUUGGUUAUUAAUUAUUAAUCUGAGAAGAUGAAAAAAUGUGACUUCUUUUCUUAGGACACUGAAAUCAGAUACUCUAUGCCAUUUGUGACAUUGCAUAGUAGGUUGGUAUAGUAUUUACAUCUCAUUGUGAUGGUUAAGAUAACCAUUAAGAAAAUCUUUUAGACAUAAAGCAGCAGUAAGCAUCUACGGUAACAUGUUACAUUGUAUCCAUGUUCUAGUUAGCAGUAACACCUAAUAUCUAGGUCCUUUUCAUGUUGGAAAAUACUUUAAAGUGGCCACAGGGGCUUAUUUUAGUUUGACGUCAUUAUUUUGCUAAAUUUUUAUUACAAAAACGAGAUUAGAAGGAAGUGCAGGGUUAUUAUCUAGAGGGCUAAGGAGGGAUAUUUAACAUUUAUAAAUGGAACAAAAUAAGUUGACUUGGAGAGUGCACAAAUUGUAGUGGAGGGAAGGUGGGGUAAAGGUCAUAUUAGGAUAGGUUGGAGGGAGGGGCUAUGAUAUUGUAUACUUUGAUGCAGAGCGUGCAGGUUCAAAUUCUGCUGGAGACUAAGAUAUAAUGUGUGUAAAUAAUUUUGCCUGUUUGUGAAUUGUUAAGCAUGCAUAUACGUAUUGCUACCUAACACUGUCUCUGGACUUGAGUCCUGGAGGCAGGAAGGGCAGUGCCUGUACUUUAAAGGAGUGCAGAUGUUACAGACAGAGGGGUAUUCUGAUUGUGAUGUCAGCACACCUCUGGAAAAGUGCAAUUUAGUGAAUAUUGGUGAAUGCAUUUUCUUCUUUUGGUCACCCUGUCUUGGCUGGAGAUAGCCAUUAAAAAAAAAAAUUACAUAUUUUUUAAACGGCUAUUUCCUGCCAAGGCAGAGUAACCCAAAGAAGAAAACGUUUACCAACAUUCAUUCAAUCAUCAUCAUUCCAGAAGUGUGCUGACAUCACCAACCCUCCUUUAAAGUACAGGCACUACCUUCCCUAGUUCCUGGAUUCAAGUCCUGCUAAGCAGUUUCCCUGAAUUUGGGGGGGGGGGGGGCUUAAGGGGCUACAGCCCCCUUAAAAAUAUUUCCCUCAGCUCCCAAAUAAAAAUAGUAAUAAUGCUGCUGCUUUAAAACAAGUCUCCUAGCAUCCUCUUCCAACCAGAUAGCCACUCCUAAUCUUCUCCAGUAUAGAACUUCUGAUGCUAUUCCUGCUUGCACUUCAACACAUCCAUUAAAAAUAAUUUGUUUCCAUUCACUUUAAUCUAACAUGCUUUCGCAAGCCCACUAGCCUCUUGUACUCCCCCUUCUAAUGCAGAUGUAUAUACUGUCAACCUGUCCCUGACCAUGCUUUCUACAUGCCCAAAACUGUCAACAACCACUCCUUAGCUCUCCAAAUUAUACUCUUGCUCACCCCACAUUGUCUUUACCUUUCCACACACUGAAUUCUCUGCAUGAUAUUAACAGCACACAUUCCUAACAAACAUGACAUCUCUAGUCUCUUUUGCUGCAGCAUUUAAAACUCAAUAUAUAAACUUUUUUUUUUCCACAGACUUCAACACACUGCCCACUUUUUUCCCUUAUCAAUUUUAUGGCUCAUUUCAUCUUUCACAGGCCCAUCUGCUGACAUGCCUACUCCCAAAUAUGUAAAUACAUCCACUUCAUCUUUACUUCCCUCCAGUCUGAUAUUCAGUCUGUCAUUGCCUAGAUUUUUUGUUUCUCUCAUCACCUUGCUCUUUUCUACAUUCACUUUUAAUGCCCUCCUUUUACAUGCAGUCUCAAAUUUAUCCAUCAUCCUUUGUAAUUUUUCAGAAUCACCUAAAAGAACUGUCAUCAGUAAAGAGCAACUGGGAUAACUUCUGCUUUGUAUCAGAUCCAGCAUCUUUCAGUCCCACACCACUUCCCAACACCUUAGCAUUUACUUUCACAGUCCUAUCUACACACAUAUGAUGUUACACAUGCCUGUGUAAGUCCUACUUUCACUGGGAAAGUCCCUCUCCCUCAUACAUACUCUAACCUGAGCCUCACUUAUUGCAUGGAACUCUUAACUGCAUUCAGUAACUUAUUCCAUACAUUUGCAACAACUGCUACAUGGCUUUCAUAUCUACCCUAUCAUAUGCCUUUUCUUAAUCCAUAGAUAAAACAAAUGGGUCCUUACCUUUGUCUUAGUACUGCUCAUUUACAUGUUUAAAUAUAAACACUUGUUCUACAUAUUCUCUACCCUUUCUAAGUCUUCCCUAUUCCUCUGCAAUCUUACUUUGUAUUACCCUGGCCCUAACCCUUUCAAUAAUAAUUUUAUCAUAAACUUUAACUGUUAUAAUCAACAGGCUUAUUCCCCCUUCCCCCAUAAUUCUUACAUUAUCUUUUCUCCCUUUCCUGUAUGCAAAAGGACCUAGUUAGCCAGACUCAAGUCCUGGAGGUGGAACAGACAAUACAGUGGUACCUCGGCACACGAACAGCUCCCAGCUUGAACAAUUAUGUAAGUGUAUUUUUGGGGGUCUGAAACAGAUUAAUCUAAUAUACAUUAUUCUUUAUGGAAACAAAUUCGUUCGGUAUCAACACUCAAACAGCCUCCUGGAAUGAAUUAAGUUCGUAACCCAAGGUACCACUGUACCUGCACUCUGAAGAAGUGAUAGUGAUAUUAAAGUUGGGGGUAAGCUGAUUGCGAUGUCAGCACACUUCUGGCAAGACAGAUUUAGUGAAUGGUGAUGAAUGUGUUUCCCUUUUUGGGUGAACUUGCCUUGGUAGAAAAUAAAUAAAUAAUUAAAUUAAAUAUAUAUAUAUAUUUUUUUUUUUCAACAAGUCGUCCGUCUCCCACCGAGGCAGGAUGACCCAAAAAAGAAAGAAAAUCCCCAAAAAGAAAAUACUUUCAUCAUCAUUCAACACUUUCACCACACUCACAUGACUCAAGAAAUCGUAUGGUGUAGAAAUAUACCUAGUUGGAUGAAUCUUAUUGUGGCUAGCUGGUCUAGUGGCUAACGCGACGGGCUGGAGUUUUGAGACUCUAUGACCGCGGGUUCAAUCCCGGCCGGGGGUAUGGUUUACCACACUCACACAUUAUCACUGUUUUUGCAGAGGUGCUCAGAAUACAACAGUUUAGAAGCAUAUACAUAUAAAGAUACACAACAUAUCCUUCCAAACUGCCAAUAUCCCAAACCCCUCCUUUAAAGUGCAGGCAUUGUACUUCCCAUUUCCAGGACUCAAGUCCGACUAUAUGAAAAUAACCGGUUUCCCUGAAUCCCUUCACUAAAUAUUACCCUGCUCACACUCCAACAGAUCGUCAGGUCCCAAGUAUCAUUCGUCUCCAUUCACUCCUAUCUAACACGCUCAUGCACGCUUGCUGGAAGUCCAAGCCCCUCGCCCACAAAACCUUCUUUAUAUACAUAUAUACAUAUAUGCAUACAUACAUACAUACAUUGGUCUCAGUGGCCAUCUCCUACCAAGACAAGGUAACUCCCCCCCCCCCCCAAAAAAAAAAAAAAAAAUCACUUUCAUAGUCAUUUUCUUACCAGAAGUGCUGCUGAUGUUGCUAUCAGCAUCAUAAAUGUUACUUUGUACAUCUCAACAUAUUAUCUUUUGAACCAUUUGGGUAUUUUCCUGCAGAAAAAUAUUAAAUAUAGGAAUAAAAAUUAAUUUUAUCUCCAGGAAAAAGACAUUCCCAUUGCCCUUCUCCCUUCUGAGACUGCUGUUGGAAGAAGAAACAAAUUACUACAAAUUGAUACUGCAAAAAUUAUUAGAAUCACUAGUAUUUACAGGAUCUGAUUCAUUUAGUAAUACUGUAAUAUUGUAAAAAAUUGAAUGGUGUACAGUUGUUUUAAUGUUACCAUAAGAAAAGACAAAGGCAGUCAAACUGGGUAUCAUCUUUACUCUAACACUUGGUUAAAUGUCCCAGUACUAGUGCUUCCGUGUGAACCUGGGGUCACUAGACCUCAGUUUAAUAUUAAUUUUGUUGCAGAAUUUAAGUGUUAAUGUUUGAAGUAAAAUUUACAUAACAGAAAAUUUACCUAUAUAAACAAUGGAAUAAGCGAACUGCCAAGAAGUAGGAUCAAGCAAAGAUACAGACUAGUUCCUCUCAACUGUGUGCUUUAUAGUCAUACAGAGGAACACACAAUACCAAGUUAUGUAUCUCAACACACUAUCAUAGCAGGUAAGGAUUAGGUGGUUAGUAACAAAUGGGAAGAGGCAUAAUAACAUUGUCAGUGUUGGCCCAAGUUUCUGGCUCAACAUCUGUCCUAAUUAUGUUGAGCUCCUGUCACUACCACAAUUUUCAACACCAACCUCAGCUGCUGUGAUGGGGUAGGGAAGUUCAUGUGUGCUCUGCCCUUUCAAUACUAGCCUUCAUACUGUGCUGUUAUUGGGUUUAAAAGUUUGUGUUGUGCUCUUUAUUGUACUUUUAUUUUAAUCAAAGGGGAAGAGUGCUGAACUCAUAUUGUGCCUAGGGAAUAGGAGGCAUUUAGGUUUGAUCUAAGGAAGGGAAGGGCAAGUUCAAUUACUUGAGGCAUGGCUUCUAUGGGUUUAGCACUUACCACUGAUUAAAAUAUUUGCUUCACUGCACCUACCUUGAGGGGCUUUCCUCUACAGCACCUGAAGGAUUAUACAUUGAGGUGUUUGUUUUUGUGUAUAUGCAGUUAGUUUUCCUGAAUCACAAUUUUAGGGAUUAAAGUAUUCUUGACUGGUGGUGAAAGGCUUGUGUGCAGCCUUAACAACUCUCAUUACAGCUGCAUCUAUAGCACUUUAUAAAGUUCACACAAGCAAAAUAUUAUUCAACAAGACUUCUUGAUAAGUUUUCUUUGUUUCACCCUAUCAGAGCAGUAUGACUAAACAUAACACUUACUUCCUGACCAGCUCAGAUUUAUCUCAUUUUUAUUUCCCUUUAUUUCAUCUUCUCAAUUAAUACAAAUCUGUUUUAUCAACUGACACUACACACUUAGUCAUUAUAAUGGAGUAACAUUUAGUAAAUUCUGUGACUGAAAGGUAGUAUUUUGUUCUAUCUACUAGUGAGAUUUAUAUACCAAAGUAUUUUGUGAUGUGUUGGUUAGUUGGGAAUACAUGUCUUAAUCUUUAGUUAACAGUUAUUAAUGUCUUAUAUCUCUUUGAUGUGCAGUACAGUACUCCCUUUCUCUGAAUGGGGAAUGAACUACCUUGUAAAGUUGCUUUUUUGCUGAUGGCAGUGCUUUUCAGAGAUUUGUUAGAGAAGGUGCAAAGGUUGGAGUUUGGGAGGGUGGGAAAGGAAGGAAGGAUAAAGCAAACAGAGGGGUUGGAGAGGGAUUGUGAAAUUUUGUGAGUGGUAGGGGCUUCAGCAUCCAGUUGCUGUCUGUUUGUGUGUGUGUGUGUCUGUCUGUCUCUCUGUGUUGGAUUGGAAUGAGUGAAGAAGUUAUUUUUGGGAUUUUACAUGAUGUUAAAGUAAGGUAAUAUUUCAUAAGGGAUUCUGGGGGAACUGGUUAGCAAAACUAGAUUUCUGAAAGAUGGGUGGGAAUGUUGUUAUUCAGAGUCAUUUGAAUUAAGAUAUCUGUACACUUUUGGCAGGUUAGCUAUUGAAUGAGUGAUUGAUAGUGAAUGUUUCCUUAUUUGGGAAAUGACUCUGACUGUAUUACAAAUUUUGCCAUGAUGCUCAAUUUGUUAUCAUUAGAAUAUUAGAAAAGUACUAACAAUUAUUCAAUGACUUCUGUUGGGCACAGUAGGCACUUAACUUUUUCUAUCAUGUAAAUUUGGCAUGUACAUGUAAUAUGUUCCCUGUGACUGGUUUUGAGGACCCAUUUACCUUGUCUGGGGCCAGACUUUCCUAUUGAUUUUGGUCAACCUGGGUGUUGCUAAAAUUGUGAUAAAAAUGUAAAUGGUUGAAAUUGUACAAUAAAGAUAUCAUUCUAGGUUAGGAAGUACUGUACUAUAUUUUAAGUAAUUGUGCAUCAACAAAGGUAAUUAUUAAUGCCACAUUGUAUGCAAAUGAUUUUUUUAAAGUUACUUACAAAAACAGAAUCAAAAGCUCAAUUUAAAUGUACUGUAUUUAUGUUCAUAUACACUGUAGCUCAUGAAUCAGUGAAAAGAAUGGUACACACAUUUAUGUUCUUGUACUGUACAUAAUUUUGUGAAGUUUAGUGUGAGAAGGAGUGCCAUGCUGAUAGCAAAGACUUUUGGGAGUCCUUGAGCUGUGAUACCUGUCAUGUUCAUAAUUUACUAAGCCCCUAAAGCAACAUGAAAUAUUAAGCACUCCUGAAUAACUACUGUACUGUAAUGGUUUGAUAAAAAUCACAGAAUCGGUGAAGCUUGAACCCAUGGCAGCCAAGUUCCAGAACUCACAGGCUAGCAUGCCAACCACCAGGCCAGCUGGUUUUAAUAAGAUUCAUCAAACUAGGCACAUUUCCACACCAUAGAGAGGAUAGCGUGGGCCUCUUUCUGACCACAAAUGCAUAUUUUUUUUUUUUUUAACAGACGAAUCCCACACCAUCAUGGCUAUGGUGAAUAGAAACACACUUAGUUGGAUGAAUCCCACUAGAGUCAGCUGGCCGAGUGGUUUACGCACCGACCUGCAAGUCACAGGACUCGCCUGCCAAGGGUUCGAGCCCCACCUGUUUGCAAUCAUGCUAUUAUGAUUUUGUAAGUCAUAAUAGUUUGUUAUAAUUAUGAACAUGGCUUUCAUCUGUAGCUGUAUAUUUGAGCCUUGAGGGUUCAAGUUGGCUGCACGAUAUUCAACUUUGAUCACGAGUACAAAAGUGGUACUCCUGCGAUAAUGCUGAUCGUAUUGCAAUUCUCAUUGGGUGCCCAUAUUUAGUGUAAUUAUGUGGAUAAAAAACUGUUGUCACAAUUUGUAUGAAUAAUUAAAUGCAAGGCAAUAUUAAUUUUGUACUCAUAGUACAAGCUGUUACACUUGUUAAAAGUGUGUUAGUAUACUGUAGCAGAGACUGCUGUGCUGUCACUAUCAGACAUUUUAUCCCAUUUAUGUACGUUAAGAACAAAGAACUGGGGCUAUUGCUCAGCUCCCAAGUCCUAAUGGUGUAAAUGUAUAUAUGUAUUGCAUGAACUGAGUUUUAAUGAAAUAAAGAUGUUAAAGAAU